CCUGCCUCUCUCCUCCCGGCGCCCUGCUUCACGCCCCACUCUCCAGGGCUGGGCUAUGCCGCGGGUAUGGUGCCCCCAGGGUACCCCAGCCCAGCCACUCCCCAGCUCCUGCCCCCCGGCCUACUGGACGAUACCAGGUUUGCCCCCCCCAAGGGACUGCCCCAGGGCAGGGGCAGGCAGCCAAAGGCAAAGCCCGGGGGCACCAAGGUGAAGAGGCUGCCAGGACCCUCCACACUGCCCCCCCCGGCGGUGCCCAACCCCUGCCUGAGCCAGCUGCUGACCUCAGCCAAGCAGGAGCUGGCCCAGGAUGCCCCAUGCCCAAUGGGUGCAGGACUCAUGCCCUCAUCCCCUGUCUCCCUGCAGAGCACUGUCCCCGACGUCCCUGCUGCCUUCCUCCCCAGAAUGGCCCAGCUGAGCCCAGGGCUGGCUCCUGGCUCCAGCUCGUCCCAAGCAGUGCCAGUGCCACUGGUGAGCACCCAGCCAGGGCCACUGCUGGUCCCCAAAGCAGAGCAGCUGUCCCCCAUAUCAGCUUGUGGGAGUGACUGGCCCAAGCCCAGCCAGGAUUCCCCAGGACCCACUAUGAGGCUGGGCACUGGCAUCUCCCUGCACCACCCCGUGUCCCGUCGGGGCAGGCCUGAGUCCAGCAAGAUGGAGAGCCGCCGCAUCAUGCACAUCUCUGCCGAGCAGAAGAGACGCUUCAACAUCAAGCUGGGCUUUGACACGCUGCACAGCUUGGUGAGCACGCUGAGUGCCCAGCCCAGCAUCAAGGUCAGCAAGGCCACCACCCUGCAGAAGACAGCAGAGUACAUCUGCAAGCUGCACCAGGAGCGGGCAGCUCUGCAGGAUGAGGCACAGCGACUGCGGGAGCAGAUCGAGGAGCUCAAUGGCUCCAUCAAGCCUGUUUUGCGCUUCAACCAAAUGCGCAGCAUGUUCGACGAGUACGUCCGCUCCUCCACGCUGCAGAACUGGAAGUUCUGGAUAUUCAGUAUCAUCAUCCGGCCUCUCUUUGAGUCUUUCAAUGGCAUGGUCUCCACAGCCAGCUUGGAGAGCCUCACCCAGACAUCGCUCGCGUGGCUGGACCAGCACUGCUCCCUCCCAGCGCUUCGGCCGACCAUCCUGAGCUCCCUCCGGCAGCUGAGCAUUUCCACCUCC